AUGAAUAAAUUGAAGAAGUUUUUGGAGAAUAAAAAGCUUGACAAGAAGUUCAAGAAGGCCGGGAAAGGGCAAGUUUUGGCUGGAAGUCCUUCCCAGUCUCCUUCACACGCUUCUGCUCCUAUUCGGACCUACCAGCCGCCUCCUGUAAGUUUAUUUCGUUUUCUUUUUUUAAGUUUAAGGAGUAUUCUCGAUAUUACAUGAUCAGAAAUGAAAGUGUAGAGUUGCCUUCGGUUUUUUAUGUCUAAAUUGAUGUCUUUCUUUUCCAGGACACGGAGGCAAGACGCCAAACAGCCAGUCAACUUGCUGAUGCUCAUGAACGACGACUCCAGGGCUCAGAACAACACCUUACUUACGCACAGAAGAAGAUUAGAGAAGAAGCUAGGAAAAGGUUGGAAGAAGAAGAACGCAGAAAUGCCCAAGAGGCUGAAGUAGACUAUCGAAGAGAUGAGCGAGAUGGCGAGAAGCUCUUUGAGCAUACAGACCAAAUUUCUUCGGUGUUCUACACUUGUGAUCUAUUUGAUGAGGACAUCGUUCUGCCCAAGAAAGAUGUGAGUUUCUUUUUUUUGUUCUCUUGAGUUUUAGGUUUUCAUACGUGAUGUUUUAAUCUUAAUCCAAUGAAUAAAGCGUCAACGUCUUUGACCUUAUAUUAUUUUAGAUGAUCGAAGCCGUAGAACAAUUUCUGGCCGCUCAAAUCAAAGAUGAGCCGAUUGAAGCGUCCAUUAUCAUGAUCUGGUCGCUCAAUCGGCAGGAUAAGGUUGAUCUGGCCCUUCCUAUUAUCAACAAGUAUAUCUCGAAUAUCCUUCAGAAUCCAGAUGAGCCUAAAUUUAAGAAAAUCAGAACGACAAACAAGGUGUUUACGGAGAAGAUAAAGCCCGUGAAGGGAGCCGAGGAGUUCCUUCGAGGUGUUGGAUUUGCGGAACAAUUGUUGGAUGGACCCGAUGGCCACAAAGAGAUCUUUUUGGUCUUCAAAGAUGAAGGUCCAGAUGCUUUGGGGACUCUUCAGGAUAGUUUAUCGGCUCUGGAAGCCGGCGAACCCGUCUCGUUGAAGCUUCAUAGAGAUCCUAAGGUCAGUAAUUUUUUGAUUAAAGUGUAUAUUGUUUUAGGUAUUUCGAGUAGAUCCAUCGAAACCAAUUCCCAAAGCCGAAGUGCCGCCUGACUUUUUCAUCUUAACUCCAGAAGAACUGAAAAGAGAGCAGAAGAUCCGAGAACAAGAAGCUGAAAGGCUGACGACAUUGAGGACUUCUAAAAUGAGAGAAGAAGACGCCAGAUUGAGGAAGUACAACUAUAAAUACACGCUGAUCAGGGUCAGAUUCCCCAAUCAUUAUGUUUUACAGGUAAGUAGAACCUGCAAUUUUCUAUUUCUUGCGUUUUAGGGAGUUUUCAGUGUCCACGAGAGAUUCUCAACGCUCAGAGAGUUCAUCGCGUCCAAGGUUGCAACAGAGUUUGGAACCUUUGUGCUCACAGACCCGGCAAACCCGGAGAAUUGCUUUGAUAAUGAACAAAAAUCGUUUGCCGAUUAUGGUUUAAUACCUGCAGCCGUCGUCUACUUUGAUUGGGAUCAAGAUACUUUGGUAGGUAGUGUAAUGUAAUCGUAUUCGAGUUGAUUUUUACUAUCAAAUUUUGUAUUUUUUUUUUGUUUUAGGCCCAAUUUGCCCAGCUCAACAAACAACCCGAAUUCCUCCACCAACAUCUCGUCCAACAAGCUGAAACUCUGUGA